CACCAGGAGUCCGGAGGUCUGUGAGGACGAAGCAGCAAAGCUCCCAGUUUGCCAGAGUGGAGCUGGAGAGAGGCCAAGUUGUUCUGACUGGUUCUUCCUUCCUCUGCUCAGCUCGUCCUGGAAAAACACAGACCGGAGGAUUAAAGCCAAGUUCGGGAUUUUAAUCGGUUUUAAAGAAACCUAAAAGUGAUCUAAAACUUUUCUCUGAGAAAGUUUAUCUGUUUUUUUUUUUUUUUUUUUUUUUUUUUUUUUUUUUGAUUGAUUAUGAAUUAAUGGGCUCCAGAGCUCCGGAUGAUCCACCGUUUCCCUACUAGAAGCAAACCAAAGUGUGGAUUUACCGCCAGUUCGGGCUCCUCCAGCGGACAUGGUCUGUGCGUCUGCCUUCCUGCUCUGAAUCAGUUCUAAGGAGGAACGUUCACUUAGCGGAUCCACGAUGAAGGCGUUUAUUUGUGUCUGCUUGGUUCUGAUGACUCUGCUCACCUGGACCGAAGCCGACAGACAGGUUCUGCUGAAGCGGGUCCAGCUCCACCGGCGCGCACCAAAGAACGGACGGACCCAGCAGCGCGCAUCCGCCAAGGAGGGCUUCAGCCUGCGCCUGCGCCCGGGCUUUGGUUCUCCGAUCACUAUGCGGGGUGCAGGAGAGGCGCAGUCUGACGACGGGGCCCAGGAUCCCGUCAGGAGAGGGGGGGCCGGGCAGAUUGGCCUGCCGCAGCGGGAUGAGGGCGCCCCGGGAGCCAGAGCCCGGAUCUCCAGGAUGCCGAGCAGCGCCGGUUCACCCAACCUGCUGGCCAGCUUCGCAGGGAAGAACCGAGUCCUGGUGAUCUCCGCGCCCCACGAGUCCGACGGCUACUACCGGCUGAUGAUGUCUCUCCUGAAACCGGACGUGUACUGCGAGCUGGCCGAGAGGCACGUCCAGCAGAUAGUGAUGUUCCACCAGGAGGGGGAGAUGGGGGGCAAGGUGAGGAGGAUCACUGCUGAGGGCAAGGUGCUGCAGGAGCCGCUGGACAUGGCGCUCAUCCCCAGACUCAUGAGCUUCCUCAAACUGGAGAAGGGUAAGUUCGGAAUGGUUCUGCUGAAGAAAACCCUGCAGGUGGAGGAGAAGUACCCCUACCCAGUGAGACUGGAGGCCAUGUAUGAGGUCAUUGACCAGUCGCCCAUGAGGAAGAUGGAGAAGCUGCGCCAGAAGGGUUUCGUGCAAAAGUGUAAAGGAGCAGGUGUGGAGGGUCAGGUGGAGGACAUCACGCCUCACACAGCUCCUGAUCCAUCUGUAGAGGAAAAACCCAAAAAGAAGUUUAUCAGAAAGCCCAAACCAGCCUCAACAACAUCUGCUACAACUACCACAACGACUACACGGCCCACGACGACGACAACAACAACAAGACCUACCACCACCACAACAAGACCUACCACCACCACAACCAGAGCCACAACCACCACAACCAGAGCCACAACCACCACAACCAGAGCCACAACCACCACAACCAGAGCCACAACCACAACUAAACCCACCACCACCACUACAAGAAGACCCACCACCACCACCCAGAGACCAACAAGAGCCCAGCCCACAGCGCUUUGGCUGCCAGCUCCUAGAACUACUUCUGAUCCUUACUAUGACAACCGCAGAGACAACCGCACUGAUAAGGACACCACACACAGCCACAAGCUAGUGCCUGUUUCACAUAAGCCCACAAAGGACAAAUCCACCAAGAAUGAAGCAGAGAAGGUUUCACCUAAAGACUACGAGGACAGCUAUGAACCCAGCCCGCCCAUUUCAAGCAACCCAGGAGAGGCUGAGCCUGCCCCAGACGUCACACCAACCAAAAAAGUCAAACUCAAGCAUGACAAGAAGAAAAAGGGAGACAAAAAGAAACUGGAAAAGAAAAGAGGAAAAGCUGGGAAAGAACAGAGGAUCAGGAAAGAGAAGAAACCAAAGUACCCAGAAAAAAAGGACUACCCAAAACCCACAAAGAAGCCAACACCCCCUCCCAAGGGCUCCCUGGCCUCUUUUCUGGACUACUUUGAGAACCGGAGGCGGCUGCUGCUCAUUACCUCCCCCAGUGAGGAGAGCAGGAUGUAUGUCCAGCAGAGGGAUGAGUACCUGGAGUCGGUGUGUGAGAUGGCCAUCAGGAAGGUUUCCAUCAUCACCAUCUUUGGCUCCCUGACCAACUCCACCAUGAAGAUCGACCACUACCAGAUAGAAAAGGACAAACCUAUGAAGGGUCUCCGCCAGGAGGACCUGGUGAACCAGGACCUGAUCACGGAGCUGAGGAAGGAGUUUGGGAUGACGUACGACGAGUUCUACAUGGUCCUCACUGACACGGACAUGAGAGUCAAGCAAUCCUAUGAGGUUCCCAUCGCCAUGAAAGCCGUGUUUGAUUACAUCGACACCUUUUCCUCCCGAAUCCGGGAGAUGGAGCAGCAGAAGAGAGACGGCAUCGUCUGCAAAAAGGAAGACAAACCCCGAUCUCUGGAAAACUUCCUGUCCAGAGGCAGCAUCACAGGUCCAGGUGGGAAACCUAGAUAUCAUCUCCUGACCAACACCAGCAGUCCUGAUGACGGUUUGUUCAAUCCCUCAAUGAGAAGCGAUUGGAACGGCCUGGAGGCUGCAGCCACCACCUGGAUAAGAGGCUCUUCUUCAUUCUUAGAGCCCAUCACCGUCUAUCUGAGGCUAAGUGUCACGUUCACCUUAUCUCCUGACCACAGACACGCUGCAAGAAAAAAAGCUUCUCCACAGAUGGGAACCAGCAGCGAGAACCCUGAAGAUGGGACUGUGCGUAUAAAAAGACGCGGUUUAGUUCUGCCAGAGCAGGACCUCCAGCUUCUCAUGGAGGAUGGUGCAGAGCAGGUUCCUGUCUAUCCAUCCAUCUUAAGCUCCAGUCUGCCAGCUAGUCAGAAGAAAUGCGUCGUUAGCUCAGAGUCUGAGCUUUACGCUCCGCUCCGAUGCUUCGCUCUCAGCACGAUUGAUUUUGUUCUGUCGCCAUGUUUAGGUCUGAGGCACAUCGCCGUCCUGAAGCUGGUCGGUACGGAGCUGCCGGACAUGGGCGGAGUCCUGGAACUUUAUCCCAUCAACGGCAGCGCUACUGUGGAGCGUGAAGGCCUCUCUGCCACCCUGGUGAAGGACAUGAGGAACUACUUCCAGAUCAGUCCUGAGUACUUCUCCAUGCUGCUGGUGGGGAAAGACGGCAACGUGAAGUCCUGGUAUCCUUCGCACAUGUGGUCCAUGGCCAUCGUCUAUGACCUGGUGGACUCCAUGCAGCUUCGCCGGCAGGAGAUGGCCAUCCAGCAGUCGCUGGGCAUGCGCUGCCCAGAGGACGAGUACGGUGGAUACGGCUACCAUCAACACGGCUAUGAACAUGGUUACCAGGACGGCUAUCACCAGGGUUACGGUUACUAGACAAUGAGUGACAGUCCUGUUUGCUGCUUCUCUGCACCUUUAGCUCAGAUAUCCCUUCAUCGUGUUCUCUGACCAUCCUUUACUCCUUAGUCAUGGAUGUAGACAAUCAUUUGAAAUGUUCUGUGGCACUUAAAGGAAGCUCUUUUCAUGUACCCACUUCUUUUCCACAUCAGGUGCGUGUAAUGGGCUCGUAUGCAGAGGAUCAGGGACGCUCUGCGUACUGCGGCAGCUUUUCACGUAUUUGUCGCCGUCAGGCAUCAAGUACUCUUGUAGGGUCGUCUACCCCCUCACAUGCUUCGUUGAAUCUACGUGUUCACGGUUUCAGGACAGGUGGUUUUGUUGUAGAUACUGGGCUUAAAGACGUAUUUAUUGGAAAUCUGUGGCAUCUCAAGUGCAAUUACUGGGCUUUGUUAGACUUUUUUUUUUUACAUUACUUCCCUUCUGGAAAGUCUCUGUUGUUCUACGAGAGUCCUAUUUAUACCAUUUUAGCAAAUAUGACAAAUAAAAAUGUGUACUGUUUGUGUUUUCAACUGGAGGACUUUUUGAAGUAAAGGCUGAUUUAGUCCCA